UUUACCACCUGCCUGUGCUGAUGGUGGCUGCAGAUCAAACCCACCCUAUAGAACUGGUACAGCUGGUCCAUGAGUGUGUCACUAACUCUGACCUCCUCUUCCAGUUGCAACCUGCCUCCAGGUGGAUCCCAUUGCAGAACCUGCAGCAUCCUUAACUCUUGGCAACCCUGCACUUAGGCCACAAUGGCAGGUCGAGGUGGAGCUGCUCGACCGAAUGGACCAGCUGCUGGAAACAAAAUCUGCCAGUUUAAACUUGUUCUCCUGGGAGAGUCAGCAGUGGGGAAGUCCAGCCUUGUUCUGCGCUUUGUGAAGGGGCAGUUCCAUGAGUACCAGGAGAGCACGAUUGGAGCUGCCUUCCUAACACAGACAGUCUGUCUGGAUGACACAACGGUGAAGUUUGAAAUAUGGGAUACAGCAGGGCAAGAGCGGUAUCACAGCCUGGCGCCAAUGUAUUACCGAGGUGCCCAGGCAGCCAUUGUUGUCUACGACAUCACUAACACAGACACAUUUGUACGAGCCAAGAACUGGGUGAAAGAGUUGCAGAGGCAGGCUAGCCCCAAUAUUGUAAUUGCACUAGCAGGAAACAAGGCAGACCUUGCUACCAAGAGAGCUGUGGACUUCCAGGAUGCACAAACAUAUGCAGAUGACAACAGCUUGCUCUUCAUGGAGACGUCAGCAAAGACAGCGAUGAAUGUGAAUGAAAUCUUCAUGGCAAUAGCCAAGAAACUGCCAAAAAAUGAACCGCAGAAUGCUCCUGGUGGCCCAGGUAGGAAUCGGGUGGUUGACCUUCAGGAGAGCAGUCAGCCUAGCAGGAGCCAGUGCUGCAGCAAUUGAGCAGCCGUUCCCGCCUGAUGGAGCCCUCGAAUGACGUGACUGGAAUCCACGCUAACAAUCGCACUUACCGUAGAGCGGCUGCUGCUGGUGGCUGCUGUGAUUUCUCCAUCCCUUUCUGAUCAUAGGCUGGAGGGAGUUCUUCCACCUGCACCUUUCUGUACAAAUACUAAUUCAAUUCUAAGUCUUAAGUCACUUUUUUAAUAUAUGAACUUCUGCUCUUCCCUCUUCCUGGUGGUGGUGGAUGCAUGACCUGGUGUCUGCCCAGCCAGCUCACCCCUUCCUGCGGGUGAGGGCCAGCAGCACCCAGGUCCCACAGUACUGUAGUUCACUAUUGGAAACAAAGGGAUAUUGAGACUAGACAACCUUGUUUAAAAUUACCCGUAUGUAAAAGCUAAGGCUAAUACCAGUACGAUAUGCCUAGAACAACCACUAAACUGUAGCAUUAUAGUGACAAACUCUGGCUUUUCAGCCGCUUGUUGACCAAAUCAAUGAUGAGUAUUCUGGGUUGGGGCAGAGGGAAGCAAAACUGGUUUCUUCUGUAUUUUGUAUUGUAUGUUUCUUCAUGUAACCAAUCAGUAUCUUGUCAAUAUAGUACAUACAACUAGCUGCCUGUUGUCUUUAUUUGUGUUGGACUCUAGCAUGCCAACUCUUUUUUUUUUCUAUCUCCAGUUCUGUCGUAAUGCACUAAUCCUGUUGCAACUUUUGCAAAGAUCUUGUAUAGAAAAUUGUCCUUUUUUUGAUGGUUGUGAUGCCACUAAUGUUGUUAACCCUACUCUAGUGUGAAUACACAUGGUUUACUGAUGUACAGAGGUGGGGUGGGGAAAACCUUGGAUAACUUGUCAGUGAAAACAAUAUGUAUUGCAAAAGCCUGUAAUUCCACAAAGUAUGAAGGGAGGUAUUAAAAUGGCUUCCGUUGCCAGACUCUAACUGAUGUUGGCUGCUGCCUAGUGCCUAAUGCAAUGUCUUAUGCAUACUGGUAUUUAAGAGGAACUGUCAACUUAGUCUUCAUCACAAACUUCAGUUUUGUGUGAUUAAAAAAAAAUUUUUAUAAACCUA